AUGCUCUCCAACAUCAUAUUCCGCAACACCUGGGUCGGCACCUCUCGUAACGCCCGUUUCAGGACGGGCGUCAGGAAACCGGCCCGGCUCAUGCGCCGAGCCCCUUCCCAUAUUUCCUCCUCGCCUAACCGGCCCCACAAUUACCUUAGCCAAGUGCCCGCACGCCGGCUCCUUGCCCAGCCGCUGCGCUUCCGAAACCAUGCGGACAGCGCCGCGCGCUCCAGCGUGGGCGACCUCCUCACAAGCAGCAACGUGGACGAGAUGCUCCACGGUGCCCAUGUGGUACUCACCUCGGCGGAGCGACGCAUCGGUGACUACUGCAGUACAUUUGCACGUGGCAGUGGCGGCUCUGGCCGCCGCUGGUGCUGGCACAUUUAUCGCAGCCUGCGCCAGGCGCGGCGGCGGCUAGAGGCGGAGGCUGCCGCGGAGGCUGUUACCACGGGCCAUGCGGGUCCCGCUUGCGGGGAAGUGGAGGCGCUGGAGAAGCUGGUCCGGGAGCUGGAGUUCGUGCCCGUAGAAGACAUGUGUCGGGUGCUAGCGGCCAAUGAGAGAACGCUGUGUGCCCUGGCGGCGGCAGGCAGGAGUAAGGCAGCGGCGCAGAACGGCGGCGGUGGCGGCGGCGGCAGCGGCGGCAACCGGGCCUGGGUGGACAAGGCCGCCUGCGCGCGGAAUGUCGCCGGUGGCGGUGCCACGACGGAAGGCAGCGAUUGGGAGGAGCAGUUGAGCGGCGGCGCAGAGGAGGAGGAGGAGGUGGAAGCCGCAGAGAAGGAGGGAGGCAGCGGGAGUGGGACAAAAAGUUUGGCAAUUGUUGAGGGAGUGGACCGGCAGCGUGCGGAAACUGUGUUCAAGGGCCUGGAUCGCAGCGGUCGCGGCUGGCUGGAUCGAGACGACUUGCUUGCGGGCCUCCAAAUGAUGGGUGAGCACCUGGACCCCAGUGACGUCGAGCAGAUCUGUCUGGAGCUGGGGUCUACGGGGCGCACCUUUUGCGACAUCGUGGAGGCUGAGCGGCUGGUGGUUCCCGGCAGUGACGCCAUCUUCCUGCGCCGCUUGCAUCAUGACCGGCCUGAGUGGUGGACGGAGCUGCCGCCCUUCCUAGACACCCUAUGA